UGUUCGUUUACCUGUGUAUUAUGAUAUGUAACCAUAGCUCAUAUAACAUCAGUUAUCAGUAAUAUUGUGGAAGCCUACGUGUGAUCUUUUACAACUCUCUCGACAUGGCUUCGUUCAGAGAGAUUUCUGAUAUCGCUGCUCAAAACGGGAAACAACAAUUAAAAUCAUACACUAUUCAGUGGUCACUGAUGUCUGCAUGACUAAUUACUAAAGGUUAUCCUUGAUUAUUACACCAUUUUAAAUCAGGAGAGUAAUCAUAUUGUGAUCGCUUUGUGGUACUGUGUGUCUAACUCCGGAUCGGGAAUGGAGAGGACGACUUAUUAGUAAUGCUAUGACAUUUCGGUUGGAGUCACUGUUACGCUUGUAUACUUAAAGCGUAAAUAAUGUGUUUUUAUCCAUUGGAUUUGAUAUCGGAGCCUGAGCCUCGGACCAGGCUAGGCUAUCCAUAAUAUUGUAUCAGAAAUGAUAGAAGUACAGAAAACGCUAGUCAUUAUUUCUCAUGGUACCCGGUAAGGUCGAUUUACAGCAGUUCUAGUUACAUGUAUUGUGCAUAUUGUUAAGUUUCAAGUUUCUGUAAAGUAAUACACCGCGUGAGGAUGGUGCUAAUUGAAGAGUGAAUGACCUUAACCACGUUUUGUUUUUGUUUGUUGAUUUGUUUUCUUCAUUUUUAGAUGUUCUGUGAAUAGCAUGCAUUUCUCAUCAGGUUUGGUCCAUCGCCUGGCUCGUGGGGAUAGCAUUAUUAUCGCUGAGGGCUACGUCAGGGAGUUUGAGCGACGUGGAUAUUUAAAUGCCGGAGCCUUUGUACCGGAAGUAGUCCUCGAAUCGCCACACCUCGUGAAAGUCAUGCAUGAAGAGUUUGUCCAUGCCGGAAGUGACGUUGUAGAAGCUUUCACGUACUAUGCUCACAGAGAGAAAAUGAGGUUGGUAGGCCGAGAAGGUGACUUGGAAAAACUCAACAGGACAGCUCUAAGAAUCGCUCGUGAGGUUGCAGACAAUACCGGAACGCUUAUGGCGGGAAACAUUUGUAACACUGGUCUAUAUGAUCCAGAUGAUAAGAAAUCCGAUGAAACGAUAAUGAUGAUGUUUAAGGAACAGCUUGAGUGGGCCGUGGAAGGCGGGGCCGAUUAUAUCAUAGCAGAGACGUUCAACGACUUCGGGGAAGCCAUGCUAGCUCUACAGGCCAUCAAAACGUUCGGCCAAGGGUUACCAGCCGUCAUCACAAUGGCAGCGUACGUGCCUGAUGUGACCACGGAUGACGUCAGUUUCCCCGAAGCGUGUAAGCGUUUAGAAGAGGCGGGAGCGGCGGUUGUUGGCUUAAACUGUGCACGUGGUCCUUCAACUAUGUUACCACUUAUCCGACAGAUACGUGCCGUGUGUAAGGGUCCUAUAGCCGCGAUUCCUGUUCCGUUCCGUACAGACAAAGACCAUGUCACAUUCCAGUCUCUGAAGGAUAAUCAAACAGGUGAAAAUCUCUAUCCUGUAGAUGUGUGUGCAUGUAUGUCCAAGAGAAGUGAAAUCCGAACUUUUGCACGAGAAGCUAGGGAAAUCGGUGUGAACUACAUCGGUCUGUGUUGCGGAAAUGCACCGUUUUACUUGCGGGAAGUGGCGGAGGAAUAUGGUAGGACCCCGGCCGCAAGUAAAUACAACCCAGAUAUGUCCAGUAGUCAUAUCUACAACCAAACGACGGCAACAGCGAGAUCUCUCAAACUUAGAUCAUACACUGGCAUAGACAGUUAAUGAUUUCUAUGUCGCACGAGUGUCCUUAUACCAUAACAGAGAGGGUUAAUGGCCUCGACAUACUAAGACUUAUUUAUAUGUUCAUAUAGCGAUAUUUACAAAGUACAUUGUAUAAUCAACAAAUCACUGAAUCACUGAACGACAUCGAUAUAAGUCUUGUUUGACCUCUGUGAUGUAUGGUGGCGUUUUCACAUAACUGGAAUUUAUCUUUCGCGACUUCCUUCCGGUUGCACACACACUAAGUAGAUUCUAUAAUAAAAUUGUAUAUACACUUUAAAAGUUCUAAAACACAUAAAAUAUACUCGGAGUAUAAAAACUAGUAUAUUGCGACUGUAAUCCGCAUAUCGGUUAACUAGUAAUCAACUAAUUUUAAUAUGGUUGUAUCGUAUGCACAGGUUGUGGAAUACUUGUGUCAUAGUUUCCCAAAAGACCUUGACAUGCAUGCACAAAGUAACUGGAAGAGCAGUCCCCAGGACUACACUGUCGUAAUGUACGUACUUGUACGGAAGUAAAAAAGUUAAUUUCUAUGUUUUCACUUUUUUUAAGACAAACAUUUUAUGUUCUGAUUGAGCAAGAAAUUUAUCUAGAGUAUGUAAACACUGUCUGAUAUCAGUAUAAAAAUAGACAUCUUUAUACGGCUUGAUUGGCAAAAAGGUCAACUACAAGCACUUACAAAAUUAAUGUACAAGGACUGAAGGAUCCAUUUCCUUCAUGGCAUGCGACAACGCUCAAAUUGUUGUAAAGGUGAACAAGAUCACAAUUUCACAAGUUAUUAUACAUGUAUGGCCCUCUUGGUAGGUUGAUAUCCCCUCGGGCGUAGACAGCCCUGGGGGGAAAUGACUACUUCAGGUAGACAAACCUUCAUAUAAACCCUACCAAGAGGGCUACACAUUGUCUAUUACACAAUAAAAAAUAAAUAAAUAAAAUAAUCAACCAAGA